UGGAAGAAGGAAAUUACAUCAAUCACUGAAUUCAUUCUUCUGGGAUUCCCUGAACUCCAUGGCAUGAGGAUGCCAUUUGUGGGGAUUGUCCUUCUGAUGUACCUUCUCUCCAUUUCAGGCAACUGCCUCAUCAUUACUGUGGUCUUCAUGGAACCCAAGCUCCACACACCCAUGUAUUUCUUCCUCAGCAAUUUUUCCUUGGCUGAGCUCUGCAGUAGCACAACUGUGAUACCGAAGAUGCUAACCAACAUGGUCUUGGACCAAAACACUAUUUGCUACACAUGCUGCAUGACUCAGACUUUUAUGGUCUUCUCGAUGGGAGCCAUUCAGUUCAUUAACCUCACCGUCAUGUCCUUUGACCGCUACACAGCCAUCUGCCAACCUUUUAAGUACAAUAUCAUGAUGACUAACACACUCUCCUGCCACCUAUCAUUGAUGGCUUGGGCUGUAGGGUUUACAGUUAUAUUUUUUCAUCUCAUAGUUGUGGGACUACUUCCAUUCUGCGGCAAUGUCAUCGAUCACUUCUUUUGUGAUAUUGGACCUGUUUUGAAAUUGGCUUGUGCUGAUACAACUGUGUGGGAGCUUGUGAGUUUGUUUUAUAGUGUCAUUGUUAUGUGUGGUUCAUUUCUCUUCUCAGUGGGCUCUUAUGCAUGCAUUCUAAAGACCAUUGUUCAGAUCCCAUCUGUCACCGGGCGAUCCAAGGCAUUUUCCACCUGUUCCUCUCAUCUCACUAUUGUGGGCAUCUUCUAUGGGGCAACGUUUUUCAUGUACCUGAGGCCUUCGACCCAAGGUGACACCCGUAUCAACAAAGUCAUAUUCAUGGUGAUCUGCGCUGUUUUGCCAACCCUAAGCCCUUUCAUCUUCACAAUUCGAAACAAUGACUUCAAAACCGCUGCAAAAAAAAACAAUGGGCAGAAUUUGCCACCUGCCUUCCUCUGUGGUCAUGAGAUUGAUCAAGCAGUGUUCCUGGCAAAGCACAUUCAGCAAAUUCUUUAA